UUUAUUUUUGAAUGUUAUGGAGUUUUACGUUCCGACUCACGGAUAAACUCGAUCUAAAUGAUUUUAUUUCCCUAAUUGUAUUAGGAAAAUAAAACAAUUUUAAUUUACAAUGAUUAAAUUACAACUAAUUUCUGAAUGUUUCGAUCGGGUUAAAUGUAUUUUCAGUAAAAUUGAAAUUGGAAUAGUUUAAAUUAAAGUGGUAAUUGAAAUCAAAUAAUUAAAAAAUCUUCCAAACUCGUAAAGACUUUCUCAUUUGUCGUGUAUCAAUUCCAAUGUUCCUAUUCUUCUAACUGAAUUAUGAAUGUUGUAACAAAAUCUUUAGAAAUUCAAUAAUCAAUAAAUAUUUUAUAAUCAUGAUGUUUAAAGCAAAAAUUUUAUUAAUUGGAAUCAUACUCACUUUGGUAAUCACUCUAUUAUUGUCGCUGUUGUAUGUGCGAGAACUUGAGAAUGGCGGAAAUAUACGAUUACGAGAACAGGCUUCUACCAUGUUUAAGGGUAAUAAACUAGGCAUCGUAAUACCAUUUAGAGAAAGGUUUGACGAGCUCCUAGAAUUUGUGCCACAUAUUCAUUCAUUUCUGAAAAACCAAGAUGUACUCCACGAAAUAUUUGUUAUCAACCAAGUUGAUCAGUACCGUUUUAACAGAGGUUCAUUGAUCAAUGCUGGAUUUAAAGAAAUAAUGUCCUCAUACAGCAUGAUCGAUUAUAUAGCUAUGCAUGAUGUUGAUUUAUUUCCUCUUAACCCUGCACUUGAUUAUCAUUAUCCUCCGACUGGCCAUGUUAACCACAUAGCUGCACCUCAUUUACAUCCACGUUACCAUUAUGCUUCAUUUGUAGGUGGCAUUCUACUUAUUACCAAAGAAGACUUUAUACAAAUUGAUGGCUUAAGCAACAAUUAUUGGGGUUGGGGACUUGAAGAUGAUGAGUUCUAUUUACGUCUUAAGGAAGCCAAGAUAGGUAUUCAUAGACCAGGAAAUUUAACAACAGGCACAUCAAAUACAUUCAGACACAACCAUGAUCGAACUGUUAGAAAACGUGAUAUGACAAAAUGCUAUAACCAACGCGAAGUAACAAGAAAACGUGAUAGACACACUGGAUUACAUAAUGUAAACUAUUUUGUAAAAAAGAAACAUGAAUUGCUCAUAGAUGGUGUUCCUACUCUAGUGUUGGAUAUAGAAUUAAAAUGUAAUAAGACUUUAACCCCGUGGUGCUUAUGUUCAGAGUAUGGUGUAAAAAAUACAAAAAAUUUAAAAAAAGGCAAGUAGAAUAAUUUAAGAUACUACAAAUUAGGUUGAGUUUAAGAUUAAAUUUUAUAGCAGUGAAUUUUAUCAUAAUGUUUAUAUUGCUCAGAUAGUACAAAUUUAUAUUUUAUAACUAUAAAUACAAAAUUUCUCAAAAACUCAUUAAAUCUUACAUUUAUUAAUUUGGUAAACAAUAUUGAAUCUGAGGUAGUUAAACUUGCAUAUUAUGUAGUAUAAUAUAUAAAAACUACUAUAUUAUGUAAGAACAAAUGUAAAUAAAGAAAUUCGUUAUGAAAUGGCUUACUAUAAUAAUUAUUAUUGGUUUGACAAAAUUAAAUAUUUUUAGCUUCCUUUUAACUCAGGGAUGGAAAAUGUUAUUAAACAGAAAAAAUCAAAAACCGAAAACGAAAAAAAAA